AUGUAUGAUCGAUCAUACACCAUAGGUGACGAUCAACUAAAAAACAACCAUUACCAGAACGACAUACAAUACACGCUGCAGAUGUGUCAAUGGCUGUUGAAGCUGAUUGGAAUAUGGCCUCUCCUUAACAAUCAUACUAGCAGACUCGAACAGCUCCUCUCAAUCGUACUCAUGAUCACGUGCUACUCCAGCAUAUUCUUCAUCAUCUUGCCAUCUGGUCAUCAUUUCUUCUUCGUAGAGAAAAAUUUAUAUAUGAAGAUGAAAAUGCUCGGUCCGGUUAGCUUCUGUGUAUUUGCAACAGUUAAGUACAGUUACCUCGCCCGAAAAGGAGCCUUCCUACAGAGGUGCAUCCGACAGCUCAAAAAUGACUGGAAGAGAGUGGAGGAUCCGAGUAUGAAAAUGCUCGGUCCGGUUAGUUUCUGUGUAUUUGCAACAAUUAAGUACAGUUACCUUGCCCUAAAAGGAGCCUUCCUGCAGAGCUGCAUCCGACAGCUCAGAAAUGACUGGAAGAGAGUGCAAGAUCCGAGUCAUCGGGCGAUCAUGUUAAAAUACGCGGGCGUCAGCAGAAAGCUUAUCACCGUGUGCGCUGUUUUUAUAUAUACAGGUGGAAUGUCCUAUCACACGGUGGCGCAAUUCUUGUCCAAGGAGAGGACUAGAGAAAAUUACACAGUUAGACCAUUGGCGUAUAUCGGUUACGAUCCGUUUUUUGAUACGCAGUCCAGCCCUACGUAUGAAAUCGUGUUCCUUCUUCACUGCUUCGCUGCUAUGAUUAUGUAUAGCAUCACCACGGUUGCAUAUGGUUUGGCUGCAGUGUUUGUUACUCACGUUUGUGGCCAGAUUCAAAUACAAAUAGCAAGAUUGCAGAAUUUGGUGGAGAGCAAGGAUCGUGAUCUCUUUAGUGUGAUUGUGCACGAUCACGCGGAAACAUUGAAAAUUUUAAGAUUUUCUAAAAAUAUCGAAGAUGCUUUGUACCAGAUUUGCUUGACAGAGAUCGUAGAAUGCACGAUAAAUAUGUGUAUGCUCGAAUAUUACUGCUUGGUGGAAUGGGCAAACAGUGAUCUAAUCGCUACAUUGACUUAUAUGACUCUGUUGAUUUCCUUCACAUUUAAUAUAUUUAUAUUUUGCUACAUAGGUGAACUUCUUUCUGAGCAGUGUAGUGAAAUUGGUACAGUUUCCUAUGAAAUCGACUGGUAUAACUUGCCAGCUAAAGAAGCUUACGACCUAAUUCUACUGAUCUCUAUAUCUCAAUAUCCACCAAAACUAACUGCCGGAAAAAUAAUUGAAUUAUCUCUGAACACUUUUAGCUCCGUAGCAAAAACGUCAUUAGUUUAUUUGAAUUUACUUCAAACAGUUGCAGAUUGGUAAGAACACUUAUCUUUUACUAUCAGAAUCGUAAAAUCAUAUCAUCAUAUUAUUAAAAAAUUAUUUUCGCAGAUGAAACCUCUUCGAAAUGUGAAAUUCAGGUAUCAGAAUUAAUUGUAGUAGAUGAUCAAUCUAAAUAGGAAUAGUUCCAAAUUUGUCCAGUAUUAAAAGUGCAAUUUUUUUCAAUACAAAGUGUAUCUCUUCAUAACAACUGUAUAGCUUACAGUCGUAUACCAUUUGAAAAGCAGUAACACCUAAUCGUCGAGAACUUAUGCAUGA